UUGAUCUCUCUCCCUCUUUCUCUGACCCGUUCGUGCUACAAGGUUAUUUUCAUGUCAACAAAUAUAACAUAAAUACGUUUACAAGCCAUUAUUUCUGAAAUUAUAGUCAAUUAUCUUCCUAUUAUCAAGCGUUAUUAUGAAGAAGCCAAAUAACUUAUUCAGUUACGAAGAAUUCGUUAAAAUUCUGAACAUUUGGAACAAAUCCAAACUACACAAAAUUUCCGAUUGUUCCUUGUACAGUUUGUUUUAAGUCUUUCAUUACAAAAUUUACAUACGUGCCAAAAGGCUGUUCCUAUUAAAAGAAAACUAUUGCAAUGAUCCUCGCAUCACUGGUGACACUUUUUGCUCUAGCGCAAUGUGCGCUUUCACUUCCGCAACUGUUGAAUGUUGGCAUCGUCCUCCCCGAAGAACAAAGAGGUGGAACGAUCGAUUUUGGGUAUAAGUGGGCCCUCAAGGUCUUAAAUCGGGACAAAGUCCUCCUACCAAACACAACUCUGGUGGGGAAGACGAUGUACGUCAAGACAGGGGACUCAUUCCGAGCGUCAAAAGAGCUCUGCAAACUUCUGGGCACGGGUGUGGUCGCGAUUUUGGGAGGAGCUUCAAAUUACGACCCGUCCCUCGAGUGGAAACUGUUUUGGACGAGUGCCACGAUGGAUAUCCCCCUCUUCUUCUCCACCCCCUCAUUCGCCCACUACAAACCGGCACAAAAGAGUGGCAAAGGUCGAGACCAAUUUGCGGUGAGGCUCGCACCAACGCUUCAAGUGUGGGGACAACUUCUGCGAGAACUAACAAAGUACCUGGGACUCCAAAGCGUCGCGAUUUUAUACGAGGACGAGAGGGGACUGAUGAGGACGCAAGCAUUGUUGAGAGAACCGUCCCCCGUGGAGUACAUCAUUGUGCGAAAGGUGUCCCCUGAGCGUUACGUGAACGUGUUGAAGGAGGUGAAAGGCAGGGAAAUACGGCAUCUCAUCAUUGAUUGCAAGUUGGACAGCUUGCCAGACCUCUUAAAAGCAAUUUUAGAAUUGCAAAUGACCAGCUACAAAUAUCACUACAUUUUAACCAACCUCGAUCUCAGUACGGUGAACAUGUCUGACUUUACGAGUGCUCAAGUCAAUCUUACCUCGUUCCAAAUUGUUGAUCAAAAUGGGCGAUUUCAAAACGAGAAGUGGUUAGAAUUAAAGAAUUUUGGAGAUGAAGAACUCAACAGAGGAAUCUUCGACAAGAAAACGCCUGCAAUUCAUACUGAGACAGCGUUCGCGUUCGAUUCCGUCAUGGCACUGGGUUUGGGCUUAUCAAGUUCUGACGCAUCUCACACAAUUCAACCUGCAAACUUAUCUUGUGAUCUUAAAAUUGAUCGAGUUGCUCCUUGGACGGAUGGAUUAUCACUGCUGAAUUACAUCACCUCAGUCGACUUUAAAGGAAUCUCAGGAAACGUUGCGUUUAAGGAGGGGGAUCGAUCCUCGCUAAAAAUUGACAUCACUCGUCUCGUUCCAAAUGGAUGGAAACGAGUCGGAAUGUGGACGCCGGAUAGACUUUUGAAUAUCACAAAGCCAAAAGCAUUCUGGGAUUUGGGACUGACAAAUGCCACACUUUUGGUCACUUGUGUCCUGGAAAAACCUUACGUUCAACUAAAACAAGGCGGAAACUGGACGGGGAACGACCGAUUUACCGGAUUUUCCAUCGAGCUUUUAAAGAAAAUCGCGGAGAAAGUACACUUUAAAUAUGUCCUCGAGGUAGUGCAGGAUGGGAAGUAUGGCGUUUAUAAUGAAGAAACCGGCGAGUGGAAUGGAGUCAUGAAACAAUUGAUUGAAAAGUCUGCAGACCUGGCGAUUGGUGCUAUUACUAUCAACCAUGCUCGUGAAAGCGUAAUUGAUUUUACGAAACCAUUUAUGAAUUUGGGAAUUUCAAUCCUCUUCAAGAAGCCGCAAAGAAUGAAACCGCAAAUUUUCUCUUUUCUGAACCCUUUGGCGCUGGAGAUCUGGCUGAGCGUCGUGGUUUCCUAUGUGCUCGUCAGCAUAACCAUGUUCGUUGUUGCCCGUUUCUCUCCGCACGAAUGGUCGCCCACCACGGCGGCAAUGAGUUAUGGUCGUGGAGCCACGGUGGGCGUGGUUCGGAACCAAUUCAGCCUGAAAAAUAGCUUCUGGUAUCCGAUCGGAACUCUCAUGCAACAAGGAUCAGAUCUCAAUCCGAAAACUGCUUCGACCAGAUUAAUUGGAGGGCUUUGGUGGUUUUUCAGCAUUAUAAUUGUUUCCUCAUACACGGCAAACCUUGCUGCAUUUCUAACCGUGGAAAGAAUGACCACACCUAUUGAAUCUGCCGAAGAUUUAGCUGAACAGUCAGAAAUUGCGUACGGAAGCCUGGAGUCGGGGUCAACUAUGACGUUUUUCCGAGACUCAAAAAUAGAAACUUAUCGGAAAAUGUGGCUCGUUAUGGCGAACAAAAAGCCGUCAGCGUUCUCUUCAUCCUACAGAGAAGGGAUCAGUCGUGUGCUGAAAGGAAAUUACGCAUUUUUCAUGGAGUCCACUACAAUUGAAUAUGUUACGAGGGAAAACUGUAACUUGACGCAGAUUGGGGGACAAAUUGAUUCAAAAGAUUACGGAAUCGCUUUGCCGAUUGGAAGCCCUUGGCGUGACAAGAUUGGGCUGGCAAUCCUGGAAAUGCAAGAGUUGGGGGUUAUUCAACAGGAACGGAAUAAAUGGUGGGGUUCCUACAUUACUUCAGAUCCUGACCAAGAUUAUUACUGCAAUGUGGACUACAAAAAACAAGAUACGAAAGCAUCCGCGUUGGGGGUGGACAAUAUUGGAGGAAUUUUUGUAGUCUUAGUGGUCGGACUGGUAAUUGCAAUAGCAGUCGCGAUAUGUGAAUUUUGUUGGAAUGCGAGAAUAAACGCGUCCUCAGAUCAUGUCGGACUUUGUUCCGCAAUGGCGGACGAGGCAAGAUUUGCCUGCAGAUGUCGAGGCCCUCGGCGUCGACCGGCACUAACUCAACAUUGUGGUCGAUGUCAAACUGGUCACUCGAAACCAGCCCAGCCCAUCACUUAUCAUGACUACCACACUUAUCCACACCAGCAUUAUCAUCAGAAUGUGAACGGGCUUCAGGCACUCCAACAGUGAGUUGAUUGCAUGUGCGAGUAUCCAGGGAUCUCGUACACCCACUGGAAUUUUGUCUUUGAAUAAUGAACAAUAUUAAAAACCUUUCCUGAGACUAUAAUCACCCAACUUUCAAUAAGUUAAAAAUUAUAAUAAAGUAAAAUAAAAUAUGGAAUUAUAUUUACUUGUACUUAA